CGGUUGUAUUUUAAAUGCAAUCGCAUCCCAGUGUAGACACCACGUCUGGAAUUACAAUCCACCCCGUGAUCUGUCACUUUUAUAUAUAAACACGAGGGAGUGGAGUGGUUUCCAUAGAGAGGAAAUAUCACGGCCCACUUAGGAACAGUACAAGAAGAGAAGGAGCAGUGACCCCAGCAGAGACAGGAGUUCAAGGGGAUGUUUCUGGGGCAGACCUCCUGGUCCUGAAGCUGCCGCCUGCCUCGCUGAGGGUUUCGACUCCAGAGCGAAGGCCACUCACAGGGAGAGAUGCUGAAGCCAGCCCACCUCCUGCUGUUGCUGCUGCUGUUCCCAGGGGCCCCCCGGCCGGGCCUCUCCCAGAAGCUGUACAGAGCCAAGUCCUUCUUCAGCUGUAUCAACACGGCCCUGUCGGAAGCCAGGAGGAGCUCGCUGGAGGAUGUACCACCGCUGAGCAAGAGAGGCUUCCCCUACCUGCCCAGCCAAGACCCCUCCUCAGGAGAGGACGAGGAGAAGGAGGAGGAGGAAGAGGGCAAGAAGAAGAGGACCUUCCCAGGCUCCGGGGGCAGCAGUGGAGCGGGAAGUGCCCGGUACAAAUACCUCCCCCCAGCUCAGCUCAAGGGCAGGCCGCACCAGGACAAGGCCAAGAGUGACCGGCACACCAAGUUCACGCUGUCCCUUGAUGUCCCCACAAAUAUCAUGAACAUCCUCUUCAACAUUGCCAAGGCCAAGAACCUGCAGGCCAAGGCAGCUGCCAACGCACUCCUGAUGGCACAGAUUGGGCGUAAGAAGUAGAAGCAGAGACCAGCAGGAGGGCGGCGGCACACCAGGGACAGGGACGGGGGGCGGGGUGGAGGGCGAGGGGCUGCCCAUUCAGCCGGUUUAUAUUUUGAGGGCUGGGUCCUGUUCUCGAGGCUGCUUCAGUGCUCGGCCCCUCUGCUCCUUCCUGCCUCCAGCCCGGCCCCCUCCUCUGCACACAUGCACACAGGGCGUACCGUCCUACCCACACAGACACGAGCCCCUUCAUGUCUCUCCCUAGAUUCUGCAUCUGCUUUCUUCUUCCCUGCUACGAGAGGCAAAAUCCCGCUGUCCUGCUCUCCACGCUCUUCCUUCAUGGCCCAUGCCUGGGGAGAGGGCGGGAAGCACUCCUUCCUGCCCACCCCCAUCCACGGCUCACCAUCCUGACUUCAGACCCCAUCCCUUCCCUCUCUCAACCCCAU